GGGAGGAGAAUGAGGGGGCGCCGCGGCGGCGCUUCUGCUGCAGCCGCGCUCGUCUGACCGGGCCCCGCGGUCCCCGCCGCUUCCUCCGUGCCGCCCUCCGUACGCCCGGGGCGGGGGAAUCGCGGGGAGUGGAUGCCUAGCGGGCACCCACGGGGCAGAGACCCGCGGACGCCAUGGGCUGCUGCAGCUCCGCCGCGCAGAGUUCCAAGCGAGAGUGGAAGCCUCUGGAAGACCACAGCUGCACAGAUGUACCAUGGCUGUUCUUAUUCAUCCUCUUCUGCAUAGGAAUGGGUUUUAUCUGUGGCUUUUCAAUAGCUACAGGAGCAGCUGCAAGACUGCUUUCGGGAUAUGACAGUUAUGGAAAUAUUUGUGGACAGAAAAAUGUCAAGGUGGAGGGAAUAGUCAACAGUGGUCUGGACCUCACACACAAGAAGUAUGUAUUCUUCUUGGAUCCAUGCAACAUUGAUCUAGUACAUCAGAAGAUUAAGUCUAUUGCCUUGUGUGUAUCAGCUUGCCCAAGGAAAGAAUUGAAAACUCUGGCUGAUAUACAGAAAUUUGCAGAAACUAAUGGAUCCACUCUGUGUAGCUAUGAACUACAGCCGUCAGAAUAUACAACAGACCCAAGGGCUGCCAAGUUAUGUCCUAAAUAUCCUGUUCCAGAGAGUGCACCUAUUCCAUUCUUCCAUCGCUGUGCUCCUGUGAACAUUUCCUGCUAUGCCAAGUUUGCAGAGGCCCUGAUCACCUUUGUCAGUGACAGUAGUGUCUUACACAGGCUGAUUAGUGGAGUUAUGACCAGCAAAGAGAUUAUAAUGGGACUUUGCUUGUUAUCACUAGUGUUGUCCAUGAUUUUGAUGGUUAUAAUAAGGUACAUUUCAAGAGUACUUGUCUGGAUUUUGACAAUUCUUGUUAUUCUGGGAUCACUUGGUGGUACAGGAGUCCUGUGGUGGCUCUACGCUAAACAACGAAUAUCUGCUGGUGCUCUUGAGACCCAAAUAGCCAAAGACAAUCUUCAGGCUCUCUUGAUCUAUGCCAUUGCAGCUACAGUCUUCACGGUUAUCUUGCUCUUGAUCAUGUUGAUUAUGCGCAAAAGAGUAGCUCUCACCAUUGCCUUGUUCCACGUGGCUGGCAAGGUCUUCAUUCACCUGCCGCUGUUAGUCUUCCAGCCAUUUUGGACAUUCUUUGUGCUUAUCCUCUUCUGGACAUACUGGAUCGCAGUCUUGCUUUUUCUUGGUACUACAGGUAGCCCUGUCCCAAAUGAAGAAGGAUUUAUUGAAUUUCGGAUGGUAGGUCCUUUGAAAUACAUGUGGUGGUACCACGUAGUGGGACUCAUCUGGAUCAGCGAGUUUAUCCUCGCCUGUCAGCAGAUGACAGUAGCAGGGGCUGUUGUCACCUAUUAUUUUACAAGGGAGAAAAGAAAUCUGCCAUUUACUCCUAUUCUGGCAUCUGUUAAUCGCCUUGUUUGUUACCACCUAGGAACAGUAGCAAAGGGGUCUUUCAUUAUCACACUAGUGAAAAUACCACGAAUGAUUCUUAUGUAUAUUCACACACAACUCAAAGGAAAGGAAAAUGCUUGUGCUCGCUGUAUGCUUAAAGCCUGCAUUUGCUGCCUUUGGUGUCUAGAAAAGUGCCUGACAUAUUUAAAUCAGAAUGCUUAUACAGCCACAGCUAUCAACAGCACCAAUUUCUGCACCUCAGCAAAGGAUGCCUUUGUUAUCCUAGUGGAAAAUGCUUUGCGAGUGGCUGCCAUAAACACGGUUGGGGAUUUUAUGCUGUUUCUAGGAAAGGUCCUGAUUGUCUGCAGCACAGGUUUGGCUGGCAUUAUGUUGCUGAAUUACCAACGAGAUUACACCACCUGGGUGCUGCCACUCAUCAUUGUCUGCCUCUUUGCAUUCCUGGUUGCUCACUGCUUCCUUUCCAUUUAUGAAAUGGUUGUUGAUGUCCUUUUCUUAUGUUUUGCCAUCGAUACAAAAUACAAUGAUGGGAGCCCUGGCAGGGAAUUCUACAUGGAUAAAGUUCUCAUGGAGUUUGUGGAGAAUAGUAGGAAAUCUAUGAAAGAAGCUGGCCGGGGAGGUGGAGCUGAGGGCAGAGAGCUAAAACCAAUGGCCUCUGGAGCAAGUUCAUCUUGAAACUAGCCAGCCAUAUUGGAACCCAUUGACAUUCCAAAAGAGUAUAUAUAUACAUAUAUACAUACACACAUCUAUAUAUAUAUAUAUAUAUAUAUAUAUAAAUAAACAGCCAAAAUCAGAGAAAAGGAACAGGGAUUUAAAACUUUUUUUAACAAUUAUUUUUGUGAAACAUGUACUCUUUUCAUACGGGUGGCUUUUACAAGCAGCUUUAUCAUUGUUCCAUUUCUUAAAUUAUUUGUUGUGGUCAUGGAAAUGUUGAUUCUUAUCUGCUUGAUAUUUUAAAAUCUGGAGGAAGUACCGUUGUAAUGAUAAUCUGAAAUCAUGACUGGGUUUAGAGACAGAUUUCCCAUGACACUGCUAAUCUGCUGAGAGUUUUACGUGUUUAAUUUCUUUAAAAUUUGCAUUAAAUUUGGGACAGUGACAUGUAUAGAAAAAUUUAAAAUCAAAAAAAGUCUCUAAUUUAUUUUUUAAAGAGGUUGUAUCGGAAAAAAUUUGUUCAGUUGAAAUGUGUUUGUAAGCAGUUAUUUUACUUUACAGCCCUGGCCGGGCACAGUUCUGUUUACCAAUAUCAGAUAUCACAAUAACCAACUCCUCAGGUAUUUAGGUGUGGGAGCCCUUGCAUCUCCUAUUAAACAGAACCUACAAAAUGGGGACAGAUAAUUUUUAUAUGCAAUUAACUUCCUGCUUACCCUACUUUUACCCCUCAUACCCAUUGCCCUCUAUCCUCCCCCUGAGUUCAGUAGCCUCCUUCACACUUCAGCAGUGUUCCUUUGAAGGGUAUGGAUUCUCCAUACGGGCAAGUGAAAUAAUAGAUUGUUAAAGUUCAGUCUUAGCCAUACUCAUGAUUAAUUCAUGACUAGAUACAAAGAUGCUGAGGAUGGGAAGAGAAAUUAAUUAUACUGCUGUAUAUAAAAAAGUACUGUAUGCUUCAUUUCAUCUAAUGAGAGAGCUCUGGGAGGUAGAAAGGAUCAUUCCUUGCCUGUUGCUUGAUCCAUAUUUGUACAUAUUUUAGUGGGUGGCUAAAGCCAGAAAGGGCAGAGAAACAUUCCUUUGGAAAUGUAGCUGCCAGGAUAGUUAUCUGAAAUUAUUAAAAAAUGACAAGAGAACAUGCUUUUUUAUUAUUAUUAGAUACAUAAAUAUCUUUUCAAUCUGGAAGUUCACCAGAUAGGAAUGCUAAUAUUCAAUUAUUCAGCAUAGUGAAUUGGUAAAUGCAUAAAUGUAUUUGUUAAGAAUUAAUGAUCUGUCUAUGCUAUAUAUUCCUUUUGUUAACAUUUUUUUAAGAAAACUAUUUUUGUUAUUGUAAAGUUAAUAUUUCAGAGCAGAAUUUUUAAACUUAUUGCACUAAAUACAAGCUGUCUACAAAUAAUGAUGCCUCAGUGGUUCAAUCACUCCAUUCCAGAAAAUCUUUUGAAAGAGUAAGAGCCUUUCUACAGAAGCUUUAUGAUGGAGUAGAGAGGUAUGUCUAGGUAAAGACAUGCACAACUCGUGUAAUCAAGGUUUAGUAAGUAAGCAGUUAACUGUGCUUCCUUUCAGACUAUGAGACUUCUAAAUUGCUGCUAAAGGUUUAAAUAAUUAUGUAGUCUUAUUUAGCUAACUAGUGCUCUUAUAUUUUUGGCAAUAGUAAAACUCUUCACUUUUGCUUCCAGAAGUCAUUUGAUAGCUUAAAUUUGUCAUUUUUUUUUUUCUAUAAGCCAGCUAAAACAAUUUACACUUUUCAUACCACAGAACCCAAACGAUUUGAAUGGUACAAAAUUAAAGAUACAUUCAGAAAGGAUAGCUGUUGGGGAGAUGUAGAGAAUUAUCCUGGAAGCACUUUCUGAUUUAAGUGAACCAUAUCUGUAACUCUACAGGAGGAGCCCUCUCAGGAGGGCUCUCUCAGUAUGGAAAUUGUAACAUACACAUCUGUAUAAGUGCUGACUGGUCUUAUGAGCUUCAGCCUAGGGAGGCAAGCUGGAGCACAGGUGAGUCCUCUCUUUUCAAGUCAGAGAAUAGACUUGCCCACAAGAAACACUGGAGCAGCCUUACUUUUGUGGAGAGGAGACAUUCCUGCAGUACCAGUGUCUAAGACAGCAGUUGUACUCAACACCAGUAUUUGUGUAGAUCAGAGGGGUUUAGCAACACAAAUUUAAAAACUGGCUUAGAUAAUCCUAGAAACUGGUUUUCAAGACUAAAAGACUUACCAAGUACCCAGUUGCUUCCAGAGAAUCUAGUUUUCAUCUUGUUUGGAGGUUAUUGGAAGUGCUUAUUUAAAGAAGCCUUGUAUUUUGCUCAUUUUCAUAAAAAAAUUCUGCCAUGACUGGUUCCACAAAUUUGUGUUCUCCACUCACUGGAAAUCCUGAGUGGGAACUGUUCUCUGUAAUUGCAACUAGGACUGCAAUUGGUAACAAAUUUUGUAUUUUUGUAUGACUUGACUGUGCACCAUUUUUAUAGCAGUUUUAUCCUGUCUUAAAAAUAAAUUUGUUUAUUUACAUGGUGUUUAAAAGAAACAGGCAACAUUUUUCUAUGCGUAGUUGUAAUGUUUAAGUGAGAAACCUAUAUCAUUACACAGUUCUUAAUAAAAAUGUGUGCACCAUUCUUGAGUGUAUAUCCAGCAUGCAGAGCUUUUCAGUCUUGCCAAAAAGGAAUUCCAUCCAUACAUAGGCUUUCCAGUGGCCCUUUAAAGCUUGUGAUUGUCUAUUGAAGUUCAUUUGCAAUCAAACUACAAGCUGCCCUCUUCCAGCUCCGUCUUGUGCACAGAGAUAAGCAGAAGACAGGAUUCUGAAAAGACAACUUUUCAGGACAAAUUUAGACUGCUUUCCUUUCCUAGUGGGGAUAUUGGAGUGUGAGGACAUUUUGGCAUGUAAAUCCCAUACAUAAAUUUUGGCAGUAGAGGUGCUGGGGUCUGCCACCUGUGAGAGGUUAAAUACUUCUUUUGACUGUUGGUUAUUAAAGCCAGUGUAUGGUCUGCUUUGUGGGAAGCAGUCUAGACUAAGUAGAGAGUGAUGCUGCACUGAGAAUAACAAUGCAGGAGGAGUAGAUGAGACAGCUAAACCAGAGAAAUCAUCUCCUCAGAAAGUCCAUUGAAUUAAGUAGUGGUAAAAGACUGGAGAUUUAGGCUGGACAAUUUGGGUUUAGAAACAAUCAUUUGGAUUACUGCUUCCCAGCAUUUGGUUUUUGUGCCAUAGCCUCUGACCAGCUAAGUUUCAAACAGAAAAAGCAUACCAUUCCUUAAACUGUUAAAUGUUUUCUCACAUUAUUUUUUCUGUUUGGAAGCUGAACAGCACCAUGUCAUCUUUACUGCUUCUUCUGGCCCUAGAGAAUGAUUUUUGUUGUUCUUUGGGGUCUCAUUUCCAUAUUGCUCUCUGAGUAAGAGUGGUUAAGUGGCAGUGUCAGCUCCCCUUUGUCCCUUGAUCUCACCACAUUCCCUUUUACCUUCCCGAGGAAAUGGUUCAGGAUAUUACCCAUACUGAAUGAGAGGGAGAGUAUGUGCUAAGCUAUAAUGUUCUGAGGUAGAGAUUUUUUUCUUUUUUUGUCUGGUAUUACUCCAUCACUGUAGAUAGACGUGAAACCAAUCACUUCUAGAGUUUCACUGCUGCUCCACACCUAGACAUAACACAUAGGAUGGCCAGUUUAGAUUUGCAUCUUCAGCUUUCCAAUAGUUCCCAGUGCCAGAGCCAGGACAGGCUUCUAAAUGUGGCCUUACAUUGGCAUAGUAAAUGAAGGACUUUUUGCAGUGGUGAUAAAAUGCAGUAAAAUGUUGUGGUGGGUUGACCAUGGCUGUCACAUACACUGCUUCUCUGUUGCUUGCUCAGUCCCUGUAGUACUAUGGAGAGAUCAGUGAAAGGACAAAAACAUUGAUGUAAGUGCAGUUCACUAAGCAAAUGA